AUGCUAGACACAGCUAGCAAUGGGAACUUCCUCAACCAGGAUGUAGAUGAUGGCUGGCAACUUGUGGAGAACAUAGCUAACUCAAAUGGAAGCUAUGGAGAAGAGUAUGAUCGCACCAAUCGGAGCUCGACCCACCACUCGAUCGAGUCAGACGAAAAGUUGAGAAAAGAUGUUAAGGCAUUGAAUGAGAAGUUGGAUAAGCUGAUCCUAGCUCAGUCCACAAUGAAGAAAGUCAACUUUGUGUCUGCUGAGGAGAUGGAACCAGUCCAAGAAGGGGAGGAUACACAAUUUGCUGAGGUGUGCUACAUGAGCAAUGGGCAAGGAGGUUACAACAAAGGAUACUAUAAUUACAAGUCCAACCCUGCCAUGUCAUACCGCAACACUGAUGUUGCUAACCCUCAGGACCAAGUAUAUCCUCAACAACAAGCAGCUCGAUCGAGUCAGGUGCCACAACAUGGGUAUGGUCAAAAGAACAAUUACCAAGGACCACAAGGCACUUUCCCUGGACAACAAAUGAAUAUCCCACCAGGCUUCCCCCACCAACCGCCCCAGCCUGCACCUUCACAAGAGAAUGAGCUCAAGGCAAUGCUAAAGCAACUACUUCAAGGGCAAGCUGAUGGGGUAGUGGACACAAGCAAGAAGCUAGCUGAAAUAAACUCUAAGAUCGAGAACCUCAACACAAGGGUUUACUCUCUGGAGAAUCAUGCUUCUUCUGUUGCUGCUGCUACAAAGCAAGGACAACUACCUGGUAAAGCUAUUCAGAACCCCAAGGAACAGUGCAAGGUCAUCUUCACUCAAGAAGGACUUGUUGAAGAAGAGGAUCAAGAAAGGGUCAUUGAAGAUUUUUGUUUACUGCUGAAUGAUGAAGAGAUUGUUGCUGCUGAGGCUCCUGGAGUCCAGAUUGAUCAACCAGAAGUGCAUGCACCUACUGUGGCCAUUCACACUUCACCAGUUGAGCUCGCACGACAAGCUCGAUCGGCAGCUCGAUCGAGUCCAACUCUAGCUCGAUCGAGUCCGACCUCUUCUGUCCGACAGCCUGUUUUGCUUGAUCCUUAUCAACCGGUUGCCGCUUCCUCGUCUCGCCUACUUAGUCAAGGUCACAAGGAAGUGAUUCACAAGUUCAGAAGAGAUCUCAGUGGGAUUGGAAUUGAGUUGCCUCCUAUGGAUAGCAUGAGUGAGGCAUUUGAUCAAAUGCAAAUGGUCAAGGAUGUUCUAGCCAACAGUGAUAAAGUUUCAGAGGUCCUACAAGAGUCUACUCAUCAGUUCAACCUGCUUACUUCACCCACCUUCCUACCAAAGGUCAAGGAUCAAGGGAAAUUCACUCUCCCUUGCACACUUGGGCAUCUUGAGAUUGACAAUGCCUUAGUGGAUUCUGGAGCAAGCAUCAAUCUGAUCUCUCUCUCCAUGGCAGAGAAGCUAGGCAUUGCUGGAGCCUUGCAGCGCCCUACUACUUCAAUCAUGUUUGGAGAUGCAACUUCUAAGUCUCCUCUUGGAGUGUUCAAGAACUAUCACUUGAAAAUUGGAGAAUGCAUCAUCCAAACUGAUCUCACUGUGAUGGAAAUGGAAGAAGAGAAGGAUUUACCUCUGUUAUUGGGAACCCCUUUCCUUAGUACAGUUGGCGCUUCAAUAGACUUUCACAAGCAAGAAGUGAUCCUUCACAAGGUGAAUAGUUUGGUGUCAUAUCGCUUGCAGCCUAGAGGUUCAGACUUUUGUGCCACAAUUGACAGUACCACUCUCAGUUCUAAGAGUCAUGGAGCUACAAAGGUUGUGAAGGAAAGGGUUGACAAGGAACCAAGAGUUGGGAAGGAUAAGGAUGAGAGAGGACCAAGGAUUGAGAAGCCACGUCUUGAGAGGGCUAGAGUUGAGAAACCACGAUCUGAUAGGCCAAGAGCUGAGAGACUUGUUCAAGCCCCUUGUGUGCUUGAUGAAGAGAGCCUUCAAGCUUUGUUUGAUGAGCCACUAGGAAGGGCUCUAAAAGAAGGGGAGGAUGUAGCCUCUAAGGCAAGACCAGGGAUAAAAGAAAGAUCCACCAGCUCAGGCCCCUUCAGUCAAGCCAUCUCAGCUCACAAUGACUUUGUUCCCCACCAAGUUUGA